UGUAGGUGGAAGUGUUACAAACGGUGUCAUUCACAAAGUAACAAGAAUACAUUACAAUAGUGAUAAAGAAUGCAAUUAACUUUAAAAUAGUAUUUAGAUCAUUUUCCAGGCAAUUUUACACGCGGACCUUUUGAAGUUCACGUAAAACCAGUUUUGGGGCGUAUUUUCCGUUUCUUCACUGAUUUAUCAGCAGAUCACACUUGAGAGAUUGAUUUAAAGGUACAUUUGUAUGCCGAAAAGAGAAAGUUGUCGCCUUGUAAUCCUUUAAGUUUAUAGGCUAUCAAGUUGUGAAGCGGAUAACAAACUUUCACGAUUCAACAGUUAUAUGGUUUCAAAAAUGUCCUCUAAAAUGGUGGGCUCAAACAACCUGGCACAUGCUAGGAGGAUGGUACAGCAACUGAGAGUCGAGGCCAGUAUUGAGAGGAUAAAGGUAUCCAAGGCCUCAGCUGACCUCAUGCGUUACUGUGGAGAAAACGCCAAAUACGACCCCCUGCUCAUGGGCAUCCCUGCCUCAGAAAACCCCUUCAAGGACAAAAAGCCCUGCACUAUAUUGUAGUGUAACAAGCAUUAAUCUUAUUUAAUUACUUCUACUCAACUUUGUCUUAAGUUCAGCUCUUGCUUCUUAGUAUAACUUUGUGCCAUGUCUUAACUGUAUUUAGCUCUUACAGUAUUUAUUACUGUAAAUAAACUCCAAUCAGUACUAAUUAAUUGCCAUUUUGGUAAUGAUUAGAAUCAAAACUCAUCUUUACCAGCAUCACUUAUCUUAUCCUAUAAAUCAAGCCGUUUAGAUGUUUUAAAAUGGCCAUAAGUUCCUCUUUCCACCGAAUGAUGCCUUUAGUUACACUUUGUUUGAAAUAGGGAAGUAGCACAUCACAUUAUGAUACAAGGAGCUUGCAACUACAUUAACUGAUUAAGUCUCACUUAACGUGUGUUAUAUAUUCCUCUAGCAGUACAUAUGAAUAAUGUUUUAUAGCAAAGGGACUGACUGAAAUAAAUGGAAUUUAAAGAUCCAUAUUUUGAUUUGGAUUAUGAGUCUAAUGUGAUUUUGUUUUAGUGCAUGCUGGGUAAAUAAAACAAUAUAGUAAAUCUCACAUCCCACAAAUACUGAUUUGUUCUCAAUUAAAGGUGCUACCACUAUGCGCAAAACCAUUAGAGACAAGUUACUGGUGUGGUUUAUAGGAAAAGAGAACUGAUUACCCUGCACUUUCAAACCCAUGUGCCUUAGAUUGUUCAAAGCAGUCCUCACUUAUUACAGAUAUAUACAAAUAAAAAGAUGACAUGUUUUAUCUGUUGACACUGAGUAACUUUUCUGUUCUGUUUAGAUUUAAGGUGCCUUUUGCUUUUGAAUUUGAGAUUCACAACCAAAUAACUGUGACCUCAGUAUCUCUGUGAGGAAACAAGUUUCCUUUGGUUCUUUUUGGUGUUUCUUUCUAUUCUAAUUUCUGUAUUUUUGCAAGCCCUUCAUAACAUGUGCUAUAUGUACUGUACCUUGAAAGAAAGGUUUUAUUAAAAUUGUGAAAUAAUAAAACUAAGUGCAUCGCAUAUGUAUGUGUUCUUGCGAAAUCUACGGUCAAACAUUUUGUACUGUACUAGUGUAUGUCAUGAAAAUUUGUUAUAUGUAAAAGCUGAUUUUUUCAUUUUAUGUAAAAGUGCAACUUGGCCAUUCUGCAAGAUAUCACUGUGUUCCACAGAAGAAAUAAAGUCAUAUGGGUGACAGAUAU